CAAUGGUACACCAGCAGUAUGAACCUUGURGGGACGUGGCUGACUGACCGUAUGGACCUUCAACUACAUGUGUAUCAACUGAAGAUACUCAUAAGGAUUGUCAAAAAAAAGUAUCGUGACUUCCGGCUCCAGGGCGUUCUGGACUCCACGUUAAACAGUAAGAUGUAUGAGACGGUGAGAAACCGGCUGACCUUAGAAGAAGCAACGGCAUCGGAUCCACAGUGGGGUUCCAACMCCAGCUUUGGGAACAGCAGUCACAGUAUGUGGCCUGCGAACAGCUACAACAUCAGCACUGUGCCAAAAAAAGGGGGCAAAUGGUUCUAAUAAAUACAGAGUUGUACUAUGAGGUCCAAAAGCACCAAGUGAAUGUUCAGUGAAUGUUAGAAUAUUUUCUAGCAUCAUAUAGGGGCUACUACUUCAGAAAAGCUGAGGUUUCAAAUUUUUACAUUUUCAUGCUUUAAAGUCUGAUGUUCUGAAGUGUUUUACUUAGCUGAUACUAGCAUGACACAUCUACUUUAACCUCAUCAAAUCUAAUCUUUAUUCAAAAUAGGGCUGGGAGAUGUUGGUAAAAAAUUAAUCACUAUCGUUGCAUUUAGCCAAUAAUUAAUCUGAUGAAUAAUAGACAAUUUCACUUGCAUGUUUUUGACUAUAAAUCAGCUACCCUGUGGUCUAAAAUUGCACUUAUAAAUGAUCAGUCUAACUAACUUCAUCAUUUUCAGAAGUUAAAUUGGUAAACUGUAAAUUAAAACCCACUAUUUCCACAAUGUUGUGCAGUAGUAUAUACCUAGUAAUGCAAUAUGCCACAUUCCGCCCUGCAUUAUUCUCCUUCCGGCACUUACUCAUUCGGACAGAUUGACUGAGUGCAUCAUGGAUUCUUGACCAAAUAGAUUUGUUUCAGCCAUUCGCUGAAGGAGAGUUUACUGUAGCCAAAGAUGUGGCCAUGAUCCGCAUUUCCUGGCUUUCAUCAUACUCUGGAUUAUGGCAGUGUUUUAGGUGAUUAAACAAGUUUGUAGUGUUAGCAUUAGCUGCACCUCGCCACCUUCCACCACUGGUUUUACAAAUUACUUCAUCAUCAUGUGGCAAUAGUUGUAGUAAUUGCAAAGUACCAAAUAUUAUUUAGUGAAAGUUUUUCUGACAAUUAGUUCUACACGAUACAUUUUUCCCAACCCUAAUUCAAAAUAUCUAAGUAAAUUUUCCCUUUUAAAUAACAUUAAUUCAACUUUAAUUCAUCACUUUAGCUGCCCAGUUUGGACAAACCAAUUAGAAGCCUGAGAUGAUCAAAACCUGUUCAUUUUGUGUUCCUUUCUAAAUUGAAGUACGUUUUGGCCACUACAACCUCUGGCAAAAAGUAUUGAAUCACCAGUCUUGGAUGAGCACUCAUUCGGACAUUUCAUUCUGUAGAACAAGCUCGGAUCAAAAACAUGAUACAAUAAAAAGAUCAUUCCAAAGUGCAGCUUGUUGGCUUUCAAGAACAUUCAAAGAAAUGAAGAGGAAACAUUGUGGAAGUCAGUGAACAUUACUUUUAUUGACCAAACACGGGGGGAAAAUAUGGAAUCACUCAAUUCAGAGGAAAAAAGUACGGAAUCAUAAAAACAGACAAACAAAAGAUCAUUCAAAAUACAUCACUAGUAUUUAGUUACACCACCCUUGGCUUUUAUAAUGACUUGCAGUCUCUGAGGCAUGGACUUGAUGAGUGACAAACAGUAUUCUUCAUCAAUUUGGUCCAACUCUCUUUGAUAG